GUCAGCGACAAGCGGACGGGGCCGGCGGGCGCUGCCUCCGCAGGUCCCGUCAUGGAGGCCAAUGUCUCCUCCGAUCUCUGGAUGACCAGCCCUGGUCCUUCUCCUGCCAAGGCCAAGCCUGACCUGAACGCCAUCAUGGACCUAGUCCAGGUCGUCUUCUACACCGUGGUCUUGGUGGGGGGCUCGCUGGGCAACGGGCUGGUGAUCUGGCUCACGGCUCGCCGGGCCGGCCGCUCCGUCAACUGCGUCUGGUUCCUCAACCUGGCGGUGGCUGACUUCAUCUUCUCGGUCAGCCGGGCGGUGCCCCUGGUGAAGAACGCCUUCUACCGCAGGCACUGGCCCUUCGGCGCCUUCCUCUGCCAGGCCACCAGCUUCAUCAAGUACCUCAACAUGUUCUGCAGCGUCUUCCUCUUGGCGGCCAUCAGCCUGGACCGCCUGGCGGCCGUGGCCUUCCCGGUGUGGUCCAAGAACCGCCGGGGCCCCCGCCUGGCGUGGGCGGCCGCUGCCGGGGCAUGGGGGGCAGCCGCCGCGGCCAGCCUGCCCUUCUACCUCUACCGCAAGCUGGUGCCAGAGGGGAAGACCAACGGCCUCAAGUGCUCCUUGACGCUGGGAGAAGGGCCCAAGCUGACGCUGUAUCUCCUCCGGCUGCUCUGCGGCUUCCUGGCCCCCUUCGCCAUCAUCCUGGCCUGCUACGGGGCCUUAGCGGCCGUGCUGAGGCGGCGCCCGGCCACCGUCCGCUCCAGGAAGCCCUUCAAGGUCAUGGCGGCCAUUGUGGUGACCUUCUUCCUCUGCUGGGCCCCCUACCACCUCUUCCUCCUCCUCAAGCUGGCGGGCGUCAAGGGCCAGGCCAUGGCCGUGGGGCUGCCGCUCGCCUCCUCCCUGGCCUAUCUCAACAGCUGCGCCAACCCCGUCCUUUACUUCUUCAUGGGGCUGGAGUUCCGCCGGGCGCUGAGACGGACCACCUUGGCCGGGGCCUUCCGCCGGGCCCUGCUGGAGGACACGGCCUACUCAGUCAGGUCCCACAGCCGCAGGAAGGAGGCAGCUUCCUCCAUUGACGGGCUGGCCCAGAGCUCGGUGUCCCCCAACCUGGCUUGAGAGACCCCGAGGGAGCGGGGCCUGUGGGGCCGAGGGAGACAGGGACUGCGCGAGGUGGGUGCCCUGGCACGGCCGGCGGUGGCGAAGAGAGCAGUGCAGAGACAGAUGCCAAAGGAGCCCCAGCCAUCCCACCGCAAACACCAAUGUGCUUCUUCCCGGCCAGAGACCUGCGGACGUCCCCAGAGCGGGGACAGCAGCAAAGAGGGCUACACACAGCCCUACAUACACACACACACACACACACAGACACACACACAGCGCGUCCCCCACCCCCAGCCUUUCUCCAUCCCACUACCCCCACCAACGUGAGUGCAGCUGUCCUAGAACCAGACUCCUCCAUCCACCCCCAAAGCACUCGGAGGAAGAGCUCCACAAACACAGCCUCAGCCCACCCCCAACACACACAGCCCCUCCCACGCCCAGCCACGAGGUACCCCACCGGCCCCACCAAUGUGCCUCUGAUUCACUUAGGGAGUCCAGCCAGGGGACCAGGUUGUCCCAGUGGCAGCCUGGUCUGAGUCCCCACAAACUCAUACCAUGGAUCGUCCCAUUAAAACAGCUUCUCCUUGAA